GCUGUCAUCCGUAAAACAAGAGUCACGUGCAAAUGCCACGGUGUUUCCGGUUCCUGUUCCCUUAUCACGUGCUGGCAACAACUGGCAAGUUUCCGCGAGGUGGGGGACCAUCUAAAGGACAAGUACGACGGUGCCACAGAGGUGAAGAUAAACAGGCGGGGAAAGCUGCAGGUGAAAAACCAUCAGUUCAACAUGCCCACGGCGGAGGACCUCGUCUACCUGGAGGAGUCUCCUGAUUACUGUAUCAGGAAUCGAACUACGGGUUCUUUGGGUACUUACGGGCGUGAGUGUAAUCGUACAGCUCCGGGCACCGACGGCUGUAACCUCAUGUGUUGUGGUCGAGGGUAUAACACUCAUAAGGCCGUGUUCAAAGAGAGGUGUGGAU